GCCCCCUCCCUUCCUGGACACCCCCGGUCCGUUCUCCGACGGUCCCACGUCAUUUUCCCUCCACCCUCGCUGACCGAGGAGCGAGGUUUACGAGGGAUUAAUUCGUCCAACAAGAAAUUAAAGCCAAACGCUGGGAACAUGUCGGGCAGCGAGGAUGACAGGGAGGACUUCGGAGCCCUGGACGAGCGCACACUUCUCCGCGCAGAUGAGGACGAGCCGGAGGAGGAGGAGGAUGCUGCUGCUGCUGCUGCUGCUGCUGACGCCGCCGCCGCUGCUGCUGGCUGUCUGACGUAGACGAGGUUCCCAAGUCCAAGAAGAAGAAGAAAGCAAAGAAGAGCAGCCGAGGGGAGAGCAGGAGCAGCAAGAGGCAAAGGCCCAUCAGAGAGGAGCUUCCUGUCAGCUCUCCCGAGCACCUGAUUGGCUUAGGAGGAGCCGACAGAGAUGCCGAAGUUGGAGGUAUGCGGUCGGAUAGUGAAGGCAGCGAUUAUGCCCCUGGGAAGAAAAAGAAGAAGCGCUACAGCUCGGCCAAGGAGAGGAAAAAAGGAGGUGCUGGAGAGAAAGGAGGCUCGUCCGGUUCAAAGAGCAAACGCAAAGACCCCGAACCAGAUGACGACGACGACGACAACGAUGACUGCCAGCCUAAAAGCUCCUCUCAGCUCCUGGAGGCCUGGGGCAUGAAGGACAUCGACCACGUCUUCACUCAGGACGACUACGGCGCCCUCACCAACUACAAGGCCUUCAGCCAGUUUGUCAGGCCUCUCAUCGCAGCCAAGAACCCCAAAAUCGCGGUGUCCAAGAUGAUGACUCUGAUGAUGGCCAAGUGGAGAGAGUUCAGCACAAACAACCCACUCAAGGGCUGCGCCUCUGCCAACGCAGCUCUGGCAGCUGCCAACGUGGCUGCAGCUGUGGAGAACAUGGUGGUGCCCGGGACAGAUGGAGGGACAGAGACGGGCACCUCCCCCUCACCCACACCUGCUCCCACUCCUCUGGCUGCUGCUGCUCCCACACCUGCUGCUCCACCAGCACCACCGCUCCGCAAGGCCAAGACCAAAGAGGGCAAAGGUCCCAACGCUCGUAAGAAAUCCAAGUCAGCAUCCAAAUCUGCUCCGAAACCCAAGCCUAAAAAAGUGGCUCCGCUCAAGAUCAAACUGGGGGGGCUGAACAGCAAGAGGAAACGCUCCUCUAGCGACGAAGAUGAACCCGAGGUCGACAGCGACUUUGACGACGGGAGUUUCUCCGUGUCCGACGGCUCCAAUCGCAGCAGCCGUCCUAAGAAGAAGCCGAAGAGCGCCAAGAAAAAGAAGAAAGUGGAGACCGAAGACGGCGAUGGAUACGAGACGGACCACCAGGACUACUGUGAGGUCUGCCAGCAGGGGGGGGAGAUCAUUCUGUGCGACACCUGUCCCAGAGCUUAUCACAUGGUCUGUCUGGACCCUGACAUGGAGAAGGCACCUGAGGGCAAGUGGAGCUGCCCCCACUGUGAGAAAGAAGGGAUCCAGUGGGAGGCCAAAGACGACCUGUCGGAUGUUGAGGUGGAGGACGAGGAGGACAGGAGGGAAGAAGGAGUGGAGGAGGAGGAUGACCACCACAUCGAGUACUGCCGGGUGUGUAAGGACGGGGGGGAGCUCCUCUGCUGCGACACCUGCCCCUCGUCCUAUCACAUCCACUGCCUGAACCCUCCUCUCCCGGAAAUUCCCAAUGGAGAAUGGAUCUGCCCCCGUUGUAAGUGUCCACAGAUGAAAGGAAAAGUCCAGAAGGUUCUGACGUGGCGCUGGGGAGAACCGCCUCCACCCACACCUGUGCCGCGGCCCACUGACCUUCCCGCUGAGGCUCCUGAUCCUCCCCCGCUGGUGGGACGCAGGGAGAGGGAGUUCUUCGUUAAAUGGUGCAACAUGUCUUACUGGCACUGCUCAUGGGUUCUGGAGCUGCAGCUGGAGCUAAACUGUCAGGUGAUGUUCAGAAACUUCCAGAGAAAGACGGACAUGGACGAACCCCCGCCCGUGGACUUUGGGGUUGAGGGUGAUAAUGACAAGAGCACCAAGAGGAAGAACAAAGACCCCCUCUUUGUCCACAUGGAGGAGGAUUUCUGCCGUUAUGGAGUCAAAUUGGAGUGGCUGAUGAUUCACCGGGUCCUCAACCACAGUGUUGAUAAGAAGAACAAUGUUCAUUACCUGGUGAAGUGGAGAGAUCUUCCUUACGACCAGUCGACCUGGGAGAGUGAGGACAUGGACAUUCCUGAGUUCGACACCUACAAACAAACCUACUGGAAUCACAGAGAGCUGAUGGUGGGUGAAGAGGGCAGACCGGGCAAGAAGCUGAAGAAAACUGUCAAAGUCAAGAAGGCAGAGCGGCCGCCGGCCAAUCCUGUGGUCGACCCCACCAUCAAGUUUGACCGGCAGCCCGACUACCUGGACAGCACAGGAGGAACGCUGCAUCCUUACCAGCUGGAGGGCUUGAACUGGCUGAGGUUUUCCUGGGCUCAGGCCACGGACACCAUCCUGGCCGACGAGAUGGGUUUAGGAAAGACGGUACAGACGGCCGUCUUCCUCUAUUCACUGUACAAGGAGGGUCACUCCAAAGGCCCCUUCCUGGUCAGUGCCCCCCUGUCCACCAUCAUUAACUGGGAGAGAGAGUUCGAGCUGUGGGCGCCCGACAUGUACGUGGUGACGUACAUCGGUGACAAGGACAGCAGAGCUGUCAUCAGAGAGAACGAGUUCUCCUUCGAAGGAAAUGCCAUCAGAGGUGGAAAAAAGGCCUCCAAGAUGAAGAAAGACUCACCGGUCAAGUUCCACGUUCUGCUGACCUCCUACGAACUGAUAACCAUCGACCAGGCGGUUCUGGGCUCCAUCGAAUGGGCCUGUUUGGUGGUGGAUGAAGCUCACAGACUGAAGAACAACCAGUCCAAGUUCUUCCGCGUGUUGAACAACUACCCGCUGCAGCACAAGCUGCUGCUGACCGGCACGCCUCUGCAGAACAACCUGGAGGAGCUCUUCCAGCUGCUGAACGUCCUGACCCCGGAGAGAUUCAAUAACCUGGAAGGCUUCCUGGAGGAGUUUGCAGACAUCGCCAAGGAGGACCAGAUCAAGAAGCUCCACGACAUGCUGGGACCACACAUGCUGAGGAGGCUGAAGGCUGACGUCUUCAAACACAUGCCCUCCAAGACGGAGCUGAUCGUCAGGGUGGAGCUGAGCCCCAUGCAGAAAAAAUACUACAAGUUCAUCCUGACACGCAACUUUGAAGCCCUGAACACUCGUGGUGGAGGAAACCAAGUCUCUCUGCUCAACGUGGUGAUGGACCUGAAGAAGUGCUGCAACCAUCCCUACCUCUUUCCUGCUGCCGCCAUGGAGGCUCCAAAACUUCCAAAUGGAAUGUAUGAGGGUACGGCUCUGACCAAGUCCUCGGGAAAACUGCUGCUGCUGCAGAAGAUGAUGAGGAAUCUGAAGGAGGGGGGGCACAGGGUGCUGGUCUUCUCUCAGAUGACCAAGAUGCUGGAUCUGCUGGAAGACUUUUUGGAGAAUGAAGGUUACAAAUAUGAGAGGAUCGACGGCGGCGUCACCGGGAACAUGAGGCAGGAGGCCAUCGACCGCUUCAACGCCCCCGGUGCCCCCCAGUUUGCCUUCCUCCUCUCCACCAGGGCCGGAGGUUUGGGCAUCAACCUGGCGUCCGCUGACACUGUCAUCAUCUACGACUCCGACUGGAAUCCUCACAACGACAUCCAGGCGUUCAGCAGAGCUCACCGUAUCGGCCAGAACAGGAAGGUGAUGAUCUACCGCUUCGUCACCAAGGCCUCCGUGGAGGAGAGGAUCACUCAGGUGGCCAAAAAGAAGAUGAUGCUGACCCACCUGGUGGUGCGGCCCGGUCUGGGCUCUAAGACGGGCUCCAUGUCCAAACAGGAGCUUGAUGAUAUCCUCAAGUUUGGAACCGAGGAACUGUUCAAGGAUGAACUCGGAGAAGGAGACAACAAGGAGGACGACAGCAGCGUGAUCCACUACGACGACAAGGCCAUCGAACGUCUGCUGGACCGAAACCAGGACGCCACGGACGACACGGAGCUGCAGAGCAUGAACGAGUACCUCAGCUCCUUCAAGGUGGCGCAGUACGUGGUCAAAGACGAGGAUGACGAGGAGGAGGAGGUGGAGAGGGAGGUGAUCAAGCAGGAGGAAAGCGUGGACCCCGAUUACUGGGAGAAGUUGCUGCGACACCACUACGAGCAGCAGCAGGAGGAUCUGGCCCGGAACCUGGGCAAAGGCAAAAGAACCCGUAAACCGGUCAACUACAACGACGGUUCCCAGGAGGACCGAGGUAUAAGACAGGACUGGCAGGAGGACCAGUCAGACAACCAGUCUGAUUACUCUGUGGCCUCAGAGGAGGGCGACGAGGACUUCGAUGAACGCUCUGAAGCCAACUCCAGACGACCGAGCCGCAAAGGUCUGAGGAACGACCGGGACAAACCACUGCCCCCCCUGUUGGCACGUGUCGGCGGAAACAUUGAAGUGUUGGGCUUCAACGCUCGUCAGAGGAAGGCCUUCCUGAAUGCAGUGAUGCGUUAUGGGAUGCCUCCUCAGGAUGCCUUCACCAACCAGUGGCUGGUGCGUGACCUCAGAGGGAAGUCUGAGAAGGAGUUCAAGGCCUACGUGUCCCUCUUCAUGCGUCACCUUUGUGAGCCGGGGGCCGAUGGAGCGGAGACUUUUGCAGAUGGCGUUCCACGCGAGGGUCUGUCCAGACAACACGUCCUCACACGCAUCGGAGUCAUGUCUCUCAUCAGGAAAAAGGUGCAGGAGUUUGAGCACGUGAACGGUCAGUGGUCCAUGCCCUGGAUGGCUGAACUGGAGGAGAACAAAAGAGCUGCAGCGCUGGCUGCAGGUGAAGACCCCAAGACUCCCUCUAGUGGCACUCCUGCAGACACGCAGCCCAACACUCCUGUCCCAGGACAUUUCUCCUGUCAUUCCACAGAGGACUUUUCUAAAUCAGACGACAAAGACGACAUAAAGAAGGAGGCCGAGGACGGGAAAGGGACCAAGAAGUCGGAUGAUCCAGAGAUCAUUGAAAUCCCGGACGAGUCAGAAAAAUCCCCCGCGUCCAUCAAGAAGGACGGAGAGUCGGACUCUGCGGCAGGGAAGGUGGAGAAGGAGACGGGAGACGGGGGUGAGGGCAGGGAGAAGGAGGCUGAGGAGAAAGAAGACGAGGAGCAGAAGUCAGACACGAGGGAGAACGACGCCUCCGCUGCUAAAGCCAACAGUUCAGACGAUACCAAGUCCAAAGAUGACGAGAGCAAAGAUGAGAAGAUGGACACGUCGCCUACACAGGAGAUCAAAGGUCAGGGCCAGAGGUCAACGCAGAACAGCAAAAAGGUCAAAGAAGAGAAGGACGUUGUGAAAACAGAGGAUUCUGGGAAACUACAGAAUGGAGAGAACGCCAGAGACGGAGCAGCAGCCGCCGUCAACGUCAGUGAGGAGAAGAAGAAGGCCACGAAGCAGAGGUUCAUGUUCAACAUCGCUGACGGAGGAUUCACAGAACUCCACUCUCUGUGGCAGAACGAGGAGCGAGCGGCCACGGUCACCAAGAAGACCUUUGAGAUUUGGCACCGUCGUCAUGACUACUGGCUGUUGGCUGGAAUCAUACAACACGGCUACGCCCGGUGGCAGGACGUGCAGAACGACGUCAGGUACGCAAUCCUCAACGAGCCUUUCAAAGGUGAGAUGAGCAGAGGGAACUUCCUGGAGAUCAAGAACAAGUUUCUGGCCCGCAGGUUCAAGCUGCUGGAGCAGGCCUUGGUGAUCGAGGAGCAGUUACGCAGGGCGGCGUAUCUGAACAUGACAGAAGACCCCGCCCACCCCUCCAUGGCCCUGAACACGCGCUUCAGCGAGGUCGAGUGUUUGGCCGAGUCCCAUCAGCACCUCAGCAAGGAAUCCAUGUCUGGUAACAAACCAGCCAACGCCGUGCUGCACAAGGUUCUCAAACAGCUGGAGGAGCUGUUGAGCGACAUGAAGGCUGACGUCACCCGCCUCCCUGCCACCAUCGCCCGGAUACCCCCCGUGGCCGUGCGGCUUCAAAUGUCUGAGAGGAACAUCCUGAGCCGAUUGGCCAGCAGGGGACCAGACAUGACGUCUCAGAACCAGUCACAUACCUCACAGCAAAUGCAGGUGCCUCGCUGACCAAUCAGAUCGCUCGCUGACUGAGGUCACCUGCUCUGACCCCAUGUAGCAGACUCCUCCCCCUCCUCAAACCUUGUACAGCACAGUCAGGUUAGUCCCCCUCACACUGCACCCUCCUCCUCCUCCUCCUCCUCUUCCUCCUCCUCUUCCUCCUCCUCCUGUACCUCCCUCCCUCCUCCUCCUCCUCCUCCUCUUCCUCCUCCUGUACCUCCCUCCCUCCUCCUCCUCCUCAUCCUCCUCCAUCUCUGGACUCAGGCAAACAUCAGCUGUGCUGUUGGACUUGGUUUUAAAAAAGACUGGAGUCAAGGAUGUGAAACCGCCGCAGGUUCUUCCUCAGACUCAGACUCGUCUCCUUCCUUCUAAGGACGGCGGUCGUCGCGUCGUGUGCGAGCUGCGGCUUCACUCACGGGUCGUCGCGGCGGUCUGUAAUAUCGCGUAUUCUCGAGCUGACGAGAUCCGACUGGAGUGAACGCAGCACUUUUGGAACAUAUUGAUCCUCUGUAGUACUUUUUGGAAGACGACAAAGGAUUUUAUUUGUGAUCAUUUCAUCUGUAAAAAAAAGUUGUGAAAUUUGGGUGAUUUUCUUUUCCAGCGUCGUCCUCUGUGUGUGUGAGUGUGUGUGUGUGAGAAGAGAGCUGAUUGGUUGGUCUACGUGUGUUUAGAAACCAGCCCACACUGAGAGAGAGAGACUGUUACUGUCCUCACCCUCCUCACCCUCUGUCUCACCUCUUCUUCUUCUUCUUCUUCUUCUCUGAUCAAAUGUCUCAGUUCACCGUCAGCUCUUUGUGCUCACAUCCUGACCAAAAAAAAAA